AUGGUAUAUGAGCCGCCUCACAUCGACUCCACGCUUUCCGUGACCGUCGAAGAGGGUCAGACACUCCGCUUGAAAUGCACAGCCGGGGAAGGAAUUGACGAGGAGACGCUAAAAUUCGAACGAGAACUAGAGGAAGUUCAUGGAAAACGCACACCGAGAAGCGUCAGUCAACACAUAUUUAACUUCGAUGAUACAGCUCACAGUGGUUUGUACGAGUGCUUUGCACGGACCAAGUCGGGAGAAGAGCACUCUCGAAAGAUGAGAGUUUCCACAAAGAUGCGAUCCCGGCUACGUGGGACAGCAAUGCGAGCACCUCCUUGUAAAAGAUUACUAAUUACAACCGCGAAGGUUGUCGCUGGCGCCGGAGGAACUCUCAAUGUAGUGCUUAUUUUCCUCACUGUACUCUUCGCUACUUUAUUUAUCAAAGAAAGACAAUAUAUUUGCUCAUGGCAGGAAAACAAGAAGCAGCAAGUUGUACACGUGCUCAGUCGAAGGCAAAGCGUUUACGACUCCUACGAUCUCAACAGUUUCACUCAGUGGAAGAGCAAGACGUUCUUCGUAAAGCCGCACAAUCCCUACAACGACACAGAUGGGACGAGUAGGGAAAAAGUGCACCUCCAACGAUCUAACGCCUUCGACCGAUCGAUCCAUCGCUCAACGCGACCCUCAGCUUUUCGACGAUUCCGAAUCGCCAUAAGAGAUCGCCUCUCUGCCAAACCGAGCGGAAUCUCAGCAGAGACGCCUCCAAUCCUCCAAUCACAUAAUGCUCUGGAUUUGCGUUGA